AUGGACGAUCUAAAUGGAGACUUUUUUGCAUUGCUAGUUGAUGAAUCACGUGAUUUAUCAUGCAAAGAGCAAUUAGCUAUUGUCUUGCGAUAUGUUAAUAGAUGUGGAUCUGUGGUGGAGCAUUUUAUUGGGAUCGUUCAUGUUCGUAAUACUAGUGCUUUAUGUUUAAAGGAAGCAAUUGUUGAUUACCUUGCUCAACAUUCUUUGAGUUUAUCUUAUGUGUGUGGACAAUGCUAUGAUGGAGCAAGAAACAUGCAAGGGGAUUUAUGUGGCCUCAAAACUUUGAUUCAACAAGAAAGUAAAUCUGCUUAUUCCAUUCAUUAUUUUGCACAACAACUUCAAUUAACUCUUGUUGCGGUAUCCAAAAAGUGUCUUGAAGUGGGAGAACUUGUAUUGUUGGUUUCUAAUGUAUUGAAUAUAGUGGGAGGUUCUUUUAAACGUAUGGAUGAUCUUCGAGAAUCUCAAGCAGAAAAAGUUCAAGAGGCAUUAGACAUGGGUGAACUUGAAACUGGUAGGGGUUUGAAUCAAGAACUUGGUCUUGCCAGAGCUGCCGAUACUCGUUGGGGUUCUCAUUACAAAUCUUUUAAGAACUUUAUUUCUAUGUUUGGCUCAAUUAUUGAUGUUAUUGAUACUAUCGUUGUUGAUGCCCGAACUUUAGAAGAAAGAGCUAAGGCAAAGGGAUAUCUUAGCACUUGUCAAACAUUUGAGGUUGCUUUCAUAUUGCACCUAAUGAGAGGUGUUUUGGGAAUCACAAAUGAGCUUAAUACAUUUUUACAAAAAAAGGAGCAAGAUAUUGCAAAUACUAUUCUACUUGUUGAAGUGACAAAGAAAUGGUUGCAAAAGCUAAGAGAAGAAGAAUGUGAUUCAUUUAUUGAUAAGGUGUUUGCAUUUUGUGUCAAGUAUAAUAUUUUGAUACCAAACUUUGUUGACUUCUAUGUUAACUCCGGAAGAUUUCGACGUAAAGUUAUUGAUUAUACUAUUUUACAUCACUAUCGUGUUGAUAUCUUUUUUACGAUUAUUGAUUGGCAAGUUCAAGAAAUCAAUGAUCGUUUUAAUGAGGUGACAACGAACUUGCUUCUUGGAGUAACUUGCUUAAAUCCAAUUGAUUCAUUUUCCGGUUUUGACAUAAAAAAGAUAUUGAUGAUGGCUGAAUUGUAUCCUGAUGAUUUUGAUGAGAAUAUAAUGGUUACGCUCAAGAAUCAACUUGAAACUUAUAUUGUUGAUGUUACUGAUGUUGAUGAAAGGUUCUCAAAUCUACAAGGACCUGUUGAUCUUUCUGAAACACUAGUUAAGACAAAGAAGCAUGUGAAUUAUCCAUUUGUGUUUCGCCUUGUGAAAUUUGCUUUGCUUCUACCAAUUGUCACUGCUACAGUUGAAAGAACUUUCUCAGCGAUGAAGUUGAUCAAGAGUGAAUUGCGAAACCGAAUAAAUGACGAAUUCAUGAGCGGUUGCUUGGUACCUUAUGCAAAAAGAAAAAUAUUUAAUACCAUUUCUGAUGAGACUAUUAUGAAUACGUUUCAGGAAAUGAAAACUCGUAGAGGAUAG